AUGGCAAAAGAAGCUUCCUCUGGAUCGGCUAAAUCAGCCCCAAUCUUUAAUCCCUCCAGUCCUAAAUCCUCGCUGAUCUCUCUCAACAUGUCAAACAUCACCAAGCUAACCCCGACGAACUUCAUUACUUGGAGGUUGCAGGUUCGUGCUCUCCUUGAGGCGCAUGAACUUCACUGGUUCAUCGCCGAUGAUCCCUAUAUCCCUGAGGAGACAGUCAAACCCUCUGACGGUCCUGCCGUGCCUAACCCCGAGUUUGCCGCCUGGCAACGCCAAGACAAGAUGUUGUAUAGCUCUCUUCCUUGUUCACUCUCUCUUGCGGUUCAACCGAUUGUUGCCAGAGCUACCACGUCUCGUGAAGUAUGGGAGAUUCUCCAUCGUACCUAUGGCAAACCAUCCCGUGGUCAUAUCAAGCAACUCAAACAAGAAAUCAAGCAUCUCACCAAGGACAACAAGUCUAUUAAUGAGUACAUGCGAAUCAUCGUUGACAGAACUGAUCAACUGGCGCUUCUAGGUGCGGCCAUGGAACAUGAAGACCUGCUUGAUGUUAUCAUCAGUGGUCUUGAUGAUGACUACAGAGCAAUUUUGGAGAUGGUCAAUGGUCGUGAUGUCCCAAUCUCUAUUGAUGAGCUCCAUGAAAAGCUUAUCAAUCGUGAAAACACCCUGCAUAGUGAAGAAGUCGUCCCCAACUCUGCUCCUGUCACGACACAUAAUGCUCAGUUCCGUUCCCAGCAAGGACAUGGCUCAUUUUCUGGUAAUCGUGGAGGCUACUACAACUCUCAUGGUGGCUACUCACCCUCUCGUGGAGGAUUCCGUCCACCUCGUCCCUACCUUGGGAAGUGUCAGAUUUGUGGAGUGCAGGGUCAUGAUGCCAAACAAUGUCCGGAAUAUCAGCAGGGUAUCUCCACCUCUCAUCACCAACAGUACUCACCUCAUCAAGCAUCUCCCUAUCAUGGUCUUCUACCCUGGCCUGCGUCUGCUCCGCAUCUCCCGCUUUCGUCUCCACAAUGGUCCAAUCAGGCACACCAUACGACUGCAACCUCUCCUGACCUGUAUCCGUGGCUUCUGGACAGUGGUGCUUCACACCAUAUUGCUAGUGAUCUCUCCAGUUUAUCUCUUCACUCUCCUUACACUGGCGGUGAGAGUGUAACGGUUGGCAAUGGAGCUGCUCUCCCGAUCACACACACUGGUUCCACUAUUCUCCCUUCCACCUCUCUUUCCCUCUAUCUUAAUAAUGUUCUAUGUGUUCCAUCAAUACACAAGAAUCUUAUAUCAGUGAACAAACUUUGCAAAGCUAACAAUGUUAUGGUUCAAUUGUGUCCUUUUGAUUUUCAGGUGAAGGAUCUGAAAACGGGGAUAAUUCUACUCAGCGGCAAAGCCAAUGAGGGAGUGUACGAAUGGCCUUUGAAACACACUCCACCCAUCUAUGUUUUUUAA